AUGGCGAUAAAAUUGUGUUGCUUCCCCAAGGAUCCACUGGAGGAUGUUGAGAGUUGGAGCGAGUCUGUGGACAAAGUUCUCAGCUGUAAAGCCGGACAGAUAGCUUUCCGGGAGUUCCUCAAGUCUGAGUACAGUGAGGAAAACAUCCUGUUUUGGCUCGCCUGUGAGGAGUACAAAAAAAUCAAGACGGUCCCUGAGAUGAUCUCAUCUGCCAACAGGAUCUACUCAGAGUUUGUCCAAACAGAAGCACCCAAACAGAUCAACAUAGAUUGCGGUACCAGAGAAAACAUAACAAAGAACAUCUCCCAGCCGACCCUGACUUCGUUUGAUACGGCGCAGAAGCUCAUCUACAGUCUGAUGGCCAGGGAUUGCUACCCGCGGUUCCUAAAAUCCGACAUCUAUCAGGGACUCCUGAGGCGAGGCGAUUCAAGGUGA